AUGAUUAGAUCAGAAGGCAUGAGUCUUUAUUAGCUGCUGAUUCCAAGAGAAUCCUCCUAUGAUGUUAUGAGUGAAUUAGGCUAGAUAGAUAGUGUAAUGAUCAUUGACCAUCAUCAGCACUUACUGUCUAAACCCUUUAUUAAUUAAGUUUAAAGAUGUGAUGAAAUAUUGAGUAAAGUAGAGUAUCUAAUCAAUUAAUUAAAUCAAAUAGGCUAGACAAUAGAACACGUUUAUGAUUUCAAAUUGAUGUUGUAGGAAGUUCGAUGUAUGAAAAUAUUAGUAAUAUAGAGAGUCCUAUCAUUCAAGUAAAUUCAAAAACAUACAUUUAUAAAUUAAAUUGAGGAAUACAUAACUGGAAAAUAUCAAUAAGUUUAAUAAUAAAUUGAUACCCUAUCUAGAUUGAAAUCUAAACUAUAAAAUACAAUAGAGGCCAAAGAGGCUAUGAUUAACGCAAGGAGAUGGUUGGGAAUAGCCUAUUUCCAUAGUAAAUCAAGUACUGCAUUAGACUUUGAUGAAUAAAUGAUUAAAUCAUAUCAUUAGCAUGGAGGUAUGAUGCCUUCUUAGAAAUUUACUCAUUUUGUUGGAGUAAUGGAUGCCAAAGAUUAUUAAAUCUUUUAAAGGACAGUGUUUCGUAUCACAAAAGGUAAUUUUAUGGUCAAUCAAACUCUGUUAUCUGUUUCAAGAAGCUGUUUUCUAUUGAUAUUUCCUUCAUUUUCACUAUAAUCAGAAACCUGGAGAAAAAUCAAAAAGCUCUGUGAUGUAUUGAAAGUAGACCACAUUUCAUUGCCAUUAACAGAGGAAUAAUGGGAUUAAAGAUAUUGUGAUUAUGACAAGGAGAUAAUUGAAAUAGAAAACAUGGAUAAAUUGACUAAUCAAUUACUAUAAUCCAUUUUAAAACCAUUAUUGGAAGAUGGAAAUGCAUAACCAUCAUUGCUAUUCAUCCGAUUUUAUUUAGUGAGAGAAAGGACUCUAUAUGAAAAUUUGAAUAAAGUAAAGAUGCAAUAGAGUAUUUUUCUAGCAAAUUUAUGGGUAAGGACAAGUGAAAUUUAAUUAUUAGAAGAUAUUCUUUAAACAAUUAAAAUGAAGAAUCCGCAUAUUCCUGCUCCUUAAAUUAAAAAAAAUGCAAUUGCAAAUUAAAAACCACCAACUUUUUUUUAAACCAACCAAUUUAAUAAAUUAUUCUAAUUGAUUACUGAAACUUAUGGAAUUCCUGAUUAUAAAGAAAUAAACCCUUCAAUAUUCUCUAUAAUUACUUUUCCAUUUCUUUUCGGAGUUAUGUUUGGAGAUAUUGGUCAUGGAGCUGCCAUUUUGAUAUUUGGAAUAUUUUUAUCUCUGAAUAAGAUCUUUUCUCCAAGAUCAGAAUAAAAGAUGCUUAGAGAGCAAAGAAUUUAAUUGGGCUAACAAAUAAAAAAAUAGAUAAACUCAAAGGACUUUAAUGAUGAGGAUCUCAAUACUGAUUUCAAUUUAACAUAGAUAAUUUUUGAUUUAAGAUAUAUGUUGUUACUAUGUGGAGCAUUUUCUCUAUAUACUGGAUUUAUUUAUAAUGAAUACUUUGGACUUUCUCUAAAUAUCUUUGGAUCAUGCUUAAAUAAAACUGAUUGCACAUAUCCUUUUGGACUUGAUCCAUAAUAUGAGGAUCUAAACUUUAGAAAUUCAUACAAAAUGAAAUUGGCUAUUAUUAUUGGUUUUUGUUAAAUGCUAUUAGGAAUAUUAUGUUCAGGAUUUAACUACUUUUAUUUUAAAAAAUGGAUCAAUCUUUCGAUAAUUUUCCCAGCAAGACUCUUAUUUUUCACUUUAUUCAUUGGUUAUAUGGUAUUGUUAAUAAUAAUAAAAUGGUCUACAUUCCAUAUAGAUACAUCUUAAUCACCAAGUAUAAUUACUACUUUGGUUGACAUGUGGAUGCAUGAUGGAUAAGUUACCUUAAAAACAUUUGAGUCUGCUGAUUUUCAAGUUCAAUUGUAAAAGAUCAUAAUUGUUAUUUGCAUUUUAUGUAUACCCUUUCUAUUAUUUGCUCCAAUAAUCGCUGAUAUUAUUGCUAUGUUGAGAAGGAAAAAGAAAGAUCCUAAAAGUCUAUAAGAAUUUGAAAUGGUUCCUUAGAAUAUGAAUAGUGAUUCAUCAAACGAUGAUAUUAUCUCUGAGCAGUCCUAACAUACAUCCUAUAUUGAUAUUAUAGUUGAACAUCUUAUAGAAACCUUAGAAUUUGCACUUGGAUGCAUCAGUAAUACUGCUAGCUAUCUGAGAUUAUGGGCACUGUCUUUGGCUCAUUCUGAACUAGCCAAAGUGCUAUUUGAUUUGACCUUGAAAGAUCCAAUCGCAAAUGCUAAUUUACUUGCUUCUCUUGUAGGAAUGCCUGUUUUUUUAUUGUCCACUUUAGGUAUUUUAUUAUGUAUGGAUUCAAUGGAAUGCUUUUUGCAUGCUCUGAGACUGCAUUGGGUUGAAUUUUAAAAUAAGUUUUAUAAAGGCAAUGGAUAUAAUUUUGAAGUUUUUUCAUAUAGAAAAGAAAUGUAGAAAUAUUAGGAGAAGAUGAAAUCUUGA